AUGUAUCCUACAAAAUAUGAUGGAAACAUCCAUCCAGAUGAAUGGAUAAAUGAUUUUAUAAGUUAUAUGAAAUUUGAAAAUAAAGAUAAUACGUUAAAUUUUACAUGUCAUCAUUUGCAAUAUGCAAAAUCAUUAGUAGAUCCUAUUAUCAAACUUCCAAGUGGAAUUGAUAGUUUUGAAAAACUUCGUAGUGCACUUAAGGAUGACAUUUCCUUCACAGUGUUCAAAAAUACAAAUAAAAGAAAAUUGCAAUCAUUAAAAUUUUUUCAUGAAAGAGAAGGAGGCGAAACUUCAAAAUUUAUUUUGAAUUUUCGCAAAUUAUGUUAUAAUGCCGAAAUUAACGAUAUUGAGGAACAAAAAAAAUACUUGAUACAAUCACUUCCAAAUGAUUAUUUUUUAACUGAAUUUUUUAAGAGAACGGACAGAAUUAAUUCUACAAAUGAAUUAAUUAAAGAAUUUGAGGAAAUUGCUAUGGAUGAAUCAAAUAUAAUUAGAAAUGGAUCUAUUGUAGCUUUAAAACACGUUGCUACGGGAAAAUAUUUAAGUUCAAUUAGUGAUUUAUAUUAUACAACUGGAAGCGGGAGACAAUUGGUUUUUGCUAGUAAUUAUGAUUCAAAUGCUUUAUGGACAAUCACAUUUACAAGAGGUAAAGAACUAGCUUCAUAUACCGAUACUAAUAUUUCUUUACGACACAAUAUUUCUAGUAAGUUUCUUGGAAUUUAUUGUCAUGGUGGAUAUAAAUCUCCAGUAACUCAGCACACGGAAGUACAUUGUAACCCCAGUAGUAGUAGUUAUACUCAAUGGAAGUUUAAUAAUAGUAAAUUAGAAAAUUAUCAAGGAUAUUUGAAAUCAAAUGAUACAAUUAAUCUUAGUAUUAAGAAUUAUAAGGGUCAACAAGUAUUUUUACGUAGUCAUGAUCUUCAAUUUACUAUUGGAAAUGAUACUUUUCAAGAAGUUGUCUGUCAUAAUGAAAGACUUGGUGGCAAUGAUGAGUGGUGCAUUGAACUUAUUAAGCAGAAUUAA